AUGGCCAAAUUCCCACCGCCCCCAGUCUCAACCAUAGACUGGUCCAACGUGGGCUUCAAAGUCCGCGAAGUCAAUGGCCACAUCGAAUGCAAAUUCACCCACUCCGGCUCAGCCCAAUGGUCCGCCCCUCAAUUCAUCACCUCACCCCACCUCUCCAUCCACGGCAUGGCCCCCGGCCUCAACUACGGCAACGCUCUACGCAUGGCACACUCCGCUGAAUACAUCUCCGCCCCUCCCGUCCCCCCAGAGUUGUUCACCGAGGCCGUCAACCUGGCCGUGGCGCUCAACGCAGAGUACGUCCCGCCCCACGAAACCGGCGCAGCGAUGUACAUCCGGCCUCUCCUCUUCGGGAGCUCCGCCCAACUAGGCCUGAAUCCGCCGGACGAGUACACCUUCUGCGUAUUCGUCAUGCCCACGGGCGUCUACACGGACUUCGACCGCGCCGCACCUGAGGGAACAGGCAGCGCGAAGAUCGGCGGGAACUAUGCUCCCGUACUACGACACUCCGAGAAAGCACGCAAUGCCGGCUUUGGCAUCACGCUACAUCUGGACAGCAAGACUCGAAGCGAGAUCGAUGAGUUUUCCACUUCUGGAUUCCUGGGCGUCAAAGUCAAUGGCGACAAAACCACAAUCGUAGUCCCCGACUCAAAGAACGUGAUCAAGUCCGUAACCUCAGAAUCAGCAUGCCAAAUCGCGCGGGAUGUCUUCGGAUACAAAGUCGAGCGACGACGGAUACCGUACGACGAACUCAAGGACUUCCAGGAAGUGAUGGCAUGCGGCACGGCGGCGAGUCUGGUGCCGAUCAAGAGCAUUACGAUGAAGAGUACGGGUGAUAAGUUUGAGUAUCCGGUGAACGAGGCGGGCGAUCCGGGGAAGGUGUGUGAGGAGUUGUUGCGGACGUUGAAGGGGAUGCAGAUGGGGAAAGUGGGGGAUAAGUUCAAGUGGUGCCAUACAGUGACUGAGGCGCCAGAGGGAUUUGGUGGGGAGCAGAACGGGAAGGUGAUGAAUGGAACAACGAACGGUGUGGAUCAGCUUCCUUAG